AUGCUCUUGCGUGGUGCUGGUGCGCCGUUCAUGGCGCCUGUGCCGCGAAUGAACCGCAUGGACCGCUUGCUCUGUGCUACGUUCAUGUCCAGUGCUAUGGCUGCGAUGACUCCCACACCCUCCACGCGCGCCGCCGCUACGCCGUUGCAGUCGGCGCUGCUCGUGACACGCGCUCCUGUUUUGCAGGCCUCGCCGUCCAAGUUCGAGCAGGAGUACUACCGCUUCAAUGUAGCGCUCUCUAACAAGCUGCAGCAGCCGUUCCCACGUGAUAUGUACUUCAAGAAAGGCUCCGCGGCGGAAUCGCGCUUCGAUGCGUACUACGCCCAGCUGCAGUCGACGUGGGAUAUCACGACAGAGUCCAAGACUCGUGCUGAGCUCGAGAACAAGUCGAUGAGCACCGGCAGCGAAUCGGAUGCCGAGCUCUACGCGACGCUCCCACGCACAACGGAGGCAGAUGCCCAGAACGACCAACAGAGCUUGGAACGUGCCUUGGAUCAGACAUUGUACCUUGUCGUCAAGAUGCCCGCAGGUGACAAGAGCGAAGGACCGACAUGGCGCUUGCCGACCAAGGCGCUGCCGACGUCGCGCUCUGCGUCCGACUCGCUGCAUGACACCGCGACGGAGGCCGUCGAGGACGCCCUGGGGUCCGAGAUGGAUAUCUGGCUAGUGAGCAAGCUGCCUAUCGCUGUGAUCCCUGCCUCCCAGCGCGCCAAGACAUACAUUCUCAAAGCCCAUAUCCUCGCUGGGGAGCCUGUGCCCGCCAACGGCGUGGAGUAUGCAUGGCUCACUCGAGAUGAGCUUGCGCAGCGUUGGAGCGAUGAUCCCAACGCACAAAAGUACUGGGCUGUGGUCCAAGACCUGCUCGAUGCCUAA